AUGAUGACAACGACGACGACAAGUCUUCUUUCAACUCUGAUCAAAGAUUUUAUUUCUCAACAACCAACAUUGGAUUCUUCCCUCACAAAUAAUUCCUCACAAGAUGAAAAUCCCGAUGAACGUACCACUGAAUUAGUUUUUUACAUCAUUGAUGGAUGUUUGACCAUUGUCUUUUUGUUGUGUGCCUUGUUUUAUGUGAUUUUAUUCAUUACAAAGAGAAGUAGUUUGACGAAAAGAUUUUUAAUGGAAAAUAUUGUACCGACCAUGUCGAUUAUCAUGUUGGUGUUUUGUUUGGUGAAAUCGAUUCAUGUGGUGUGUCCCAUAUUUGAAUUAUUGGACAAUAAGAUUGCAACUUUUGUGUUGACAGUGGUACAAUUUGUGACACUUUACAUUACAACAUUUCUAUUAUUUUCCAUCUCAUUAAUUGCACUCUAUUAUGGCAUUAAGCAAUACACUGUGAAUGGAAGUGUUAUUUCUCAGCGAGGAUUAUUUAUUUACAAAAUAUUAUUCACAAUAUUGUUUACUUUUAACGCAAUUUUGUUGAUUGGAUCAUUUGGAUUUUCUAUUGGAGAACAUACUUGGAGGACAUUCUUUAAAGAAGAGGAACAGCAGUCACUGGCAGAUGUUGCGUUUUAUGUCUUUAUAGGAUGCUAUUCGUAUCAAUUUCUUGUGCAAGUCUGUGUGGGCUUGUAUGGAAUUGCAUUCCAUAUUUUUAAUGGAAAAUACAUUCUAUUGGAUGAUUACAUUGCUCGCAAAUGUACUCGCUCAUUUUUGGGAACGUGUGUUGGAGUUUCAUUUUCCAUGAUCAUUUUCAUGGCAACCAUUCUCACAGUUCACACCCUCGAUUUUCAAAAUGUAUUGCGCGAAGCAUUACCAUUCUUUACUUUGGCAGGCGACUCUGUGCUAGCAUUCUUAACAGUGUGUCUUGUACUCGUUUGGGGACCUUUGAAUCCAUCUCUUUCGAGUCUGUAUGCAUCCAUGCAAGGAGCAAUGGAAAGAAGAAGCUUAAUUAAUGAGCAUUCGAAAAGUUCGAUUGGAAGCUCUAACAGCAGUACACUAAAUCUUGCAAGAUCAUCUGUAAAUAGAAUAUAG